AUGGUCGUGAAGGCUUGCAAUCGAUGCCAUGCCGCCAAAGAGAAAUGCACCUUCAACGGCAGUGAUCAACAAUGCUCAAGAUGUCGCCGGUUGAAGAUUCCAUGUUCAAUAUCGCGUCGCAGCGGUCGCAUCGGCCGCAGACCGUCCGCCAAGGCAUUUCCACACGGUCAAAUGCAGGUCUGGAGCGUGGAGACUCGAGACCAGCACAGCGAGUCCGAAGCAAGCAGUAGCAAGGUGCCAUCGCGUGCGCCAAGCCGAGGGUCCGACGCAAGCUCUCAAUCUGAUGCCACAGAAGAGCUGGGCACACCAAAUAAUAAUAAUAUGAUGAUGCUGUCGCCCGAGCGGCUGAUUGCUUGUCCAAAAAAACUUCAAACACAGGCGGACGCACUGCAGACGGUGUUGGACGUGGAGCAAUUUUCAGUCAUUCAUACGCCUUUCAUGCUGGGAUCCAGCUUUAUACCCGAGGCGCAGAAGACCGUGUAUACCAUUUUGACUUUAUCCGGACCGACGCUGACGGAAGGAUAUCUGGCUUUCCUGGGGAUGAUGACUCGGCACCAAAGAUCGCUCGUCUUGCGUCCACAGCAACCGGAUAUGCGCAAGGCGGCGAAGGGAUUGCAGCGCUUGCGGGACGUUACUAUUCGCAACGAUUAUGAUGCAGCUUGUACGCUGUUUCUCGGGCAGACGAUGUACGUGUUCAACGUGCUCACCGCUCCGUACUCGAAUACCGCACAUUCCAUCGUUCGGAGUGCGCUUCUGUCGGCCAAAUCGUGGUUCUCCCGACUGGUGCAAUAUCCGAUCAUGGAAAGCAUUAUCAUGUCUCCGAUGUUGAUCGAUACGGUCGAAUGUUUGACCCAUCGUGAAGUUCCGAUAAUUCGAUUCCCUGAUACAGAACGCAUUAUUAUUGAUCGAUACGCGGGGAUUUGUGCGACACUCUUACCUCAUCUCUAUGACAUUUGCGAAUGUAGUCAUCUGUGGAAAAAUAGCGUGCUAGAUGACAGUGCCACAUAUACCGGAUAUUAUGAGCAGCUCGCAGUGAUCGAGCAACGAAUCCAGGACUGGGUGCCUCCGACACCACCUGAGCUGUAUAAGAAUUUCGGGCAACAUGAGGUGUUGGCGAUAGUCACGCAAGCAAAUGUGUACCGUCUCGCGGCACUGUUAGUUAUCCAUCGGCUUCGAUAUCCGCUGGGGGUGGAAGACGAGACGGCCAGAGUGCUGGCCGAGAGCAUUUUUGCCGCGAUGGAACUGUUUAGCGUAUCCGCGGCCGAGAAAGCCACUGCAUUCCCUAUGGUCUUUCCAAUAACCAUGGCGAUGCUGGAGAUUGAAGGACCAGGCGAAGCAUUGUUGGAUAAAUUAUCGUCAUUUACCGUGCAAGCGACAAGUGCAUCAAGACUGAAGGGAUUUGUAGAGCAGAUCAGAACAGCCCGGGAGACAGGAUAUGAGGGGGUCUGGUUCGAAUUAGUGGAUACCCAGCUGCAGGUAGCGAUGCCGCCCUAG